AUGUCCGAGCACCUCCGCAACUCCCCGCAACGCCGUACGCGUCGACUUCCACACGUUCCUCUAGCGCCACAGCUCACUGAACAAGGCGAUCAUACAGCACACUCAACCACGCUGGCUACCAUCUACACCAUCCUUACUUCGCAUCAGCUCAAUCGCCAUCACUCAUACAUUCUCGCAGCUACUUAG